AUGAUUGUAAGAGAAAACCGGAGGCUAGAAAUGGAAAGCCUGAAACGUGUAACCUUUUUCAGUACGGCUGUAUCGACCUUUUCAAUAUUAACAGCUAUUACUAUCAUUCCAAUGAUUUAUAAUUAUGUGCAGCAUAUAGAAUCGGGCUUACAAUCUGAAAUCGAUUUCUGCAAACAUCGAUCGAAUGAUCUUUGGGAACGAUACUUUAUAACUGAAGGAAUUGUUAACGUGAAAGGACGCAAUAAACGUGGCGCCUACAUUCGACGCUCAGGUAAAUCAUCAAACCGUCAAUUGUCCUUAAAAACUCGAGCUGCUGAGUCUCAUAGCGAAGAGUGGCAAAAUGAUAAUGGUGGUUAUGGCGCUCGUGCGAGAAGUAAUCCCAACAACAGAGGGAGAUAUGGAUUUUCUGGCGAAAAAAUAUCAGAAGAAUUAAGCCAGUCGGAAGAGAUUGAAAGUGGGAACGGAUAUAUGGAUGGUAUGGGUUGCUGUAGCUGUAAAAUUGGUCCUCCGGGAUCAAUGGGGCCACCAGGAUUAAGAGGAAGAGACGGUAAGGAUGGUAAGCCUGGUCCACGUGGACCGCCAGGGAUGGAUGCAAAUGCUGAACUGCCAGGAAUGGAUGCUCCACAAUAUGCGAACGAUUUUUGCUUCCGAUGCUUACCAGGAUUGCCUGGACCGAUAGGGCCGCCAGGACCAAAAGGCCCAAAUGGUCCAGCGGGAGCACCAGGAGAGCCUGGAGCAGCUGCGUUACCCGGACCAGCAGGAGCACAGGGACCACCAGGACCAGUUGGUAAUCCAGGACCUCCCGGACCUUGUGGUCAGCCUGGCGCACCAGGAGAAAUUACUGGAGUAGAUGGACCACUUGGACCACCAGGUUUGCCAGGACCAAAGGGUCCUCCUGGUCCAAUGGGAGAGAAAGGAAUAGAAGGUAAGAAGGGUCCACCUGGUCCUCAAGGACCACCAGGAAAAAAGGGUAAAGAUGGUCGUGCUGGCAAAGAAGGGGAAGCGGGAAGUCAAGGCGUAGCAGGAGAAGGUGGUGUGACCGGUAGUUGCGAUCACUGUCCCAUACCACGAACUCCUCCAGGAUAUUAA